AACUCUCAGAUUCUCUCUCUCCUCUUUUGCUCAAACAAAUAACUUAACUAAUCGUAAAAUCCAAAAUUUUCAAAUUAAAAAACCGAAUAAUUCGAAAAAUACGAAAAAGAAAAAGCUUUGAAAUUCGCUGAAUAAAAUAAACCUCCUUUGAUUAUUUUUUUACUAGGUUUAUUUGAUCUAUAUUUACCCCUCCUUUCGUGCUUAAGUGCAUACUGCUUUGCUUUAAUUUGAUUCCAUUUUCUUAAAGUUUUCCUCCAAUUUUCGAUUUUGUGAUCUUCGGCAUUCAUUUAGGGUUUCUGAUUGCUCCCAAUUUGUGGAUUUUCUGUUUCAAUCGAACCUUUGCUUUGGGGGUAAUUCAGAUCCGGUGGGUGUUUAAGUACUACCAGUUUUUUUGGUUGCGUGGAAGUAAGAGAUUGUUGGAACUCUAGGAAAGUCAAAAAGCAACAACAUAGAGAGACUAUCCUUUGCGAAUAUCUGAUGGGACGGAGAUUUUCAGAUUAGUGUUACUUUGUUAUGGUUUGAUGUGGGCUGAGUGGUGACUGAAUAUGUGAUGUUGGUUGUUCCCUUGGUUUUAGUUUGGAAAUUCAGUAGUAAGUUAUCAAGGUGAUUGAUGAAAUGUAAUUGAGAGUUGGAGCUGAACCUCUUCGCUCUUUGUAGAAGUUAGUUUUGUAUUCGUUGGCCUUUCUAUGUUGCAAAAGAUUUUUUGUUGAAGAAGAAUGGAUGAUUUGUCUGAAUGGUUGGUUGGCAAGAAUGCAAGUGAAGUGUCUGAUUCACACUUUUUUAUCCUUUCUUGCUUUCUUGCUGGCCUGGUUGGAAUCUUGACUAUAGCAUUCACUGCUUUUCAAUGGAGAAGAAACAUCAAUUUGACUUGGAUGAAAGCUAUAGCAAGAUCCAAAAAAAAUCCGAAGACAAGGAACAAAGCGCCUGAAGCUCCACAUUCAUGGAAUUUGGAACCUGUAACACGUGCAAAGAAUGGGAGUUGUUGUGUCUGCUUAAAAUCCUUUACUCCUUCACAAACUCUUGGACCAAUGGUGGCUUCAGACAGUUUUUAUAACCGAUGUAGCAUUUGCGGAGCAGCUUCUCACCUAGGCUGUUCCUCAAACGCACACAAGGAUUGCAAGCGUGUAUCAAUGCUAGGAUAUGAGCAUGUUGUUCACCAAUGGGCUGUUCGCUGGAUAGAGAUUACAGAUCAAACUGAUGAAACUUCUUUCUGUAGUUAUUGUGAAGAACCAUGUAGUGCUUCUUUUCUGAGUGGAUCUCCUAUAUGGUGUUGCCUAUGGUGCCAAAGGCUAGUGCAUGUUGACUGCCACACCAGCAUGUCUAAUGAAUUUGGUGAUGUUUGUGAUCUCGGUCCUUUGAGAAGGUUGAUUUUAUCUCCACUCUUUGUCAGGGAAUUAAGCCAGCAAUCUUCUGGUGGAAUUUUGAGCUCAAUUACUCAAGGUGCAAAUGAAAUUGCUUCCACUGUACGCGGACGCAUUAGAAGUCAAAGCAAAAAGCAUAAAUAUAAAAAUGGUUCCUUUGUUGAUUUGGGAGGUGGAAGCAGUGCAUGUGAUACAUCAACGGAUAAUACUUCAGGUACUAGUGUAACAGUAAAUGGAUCACAUACUAUGGAGGACAAUUGUAAUGGUAGUGGCAGCACAGGAGAUCAGAAUUGUAAUGGAGAUCUAGAUAAACAUACAGAUCUAAAGCCUGAUUUUAAGAGAAGUACAUCAAUAACCCAGAAAGAUGACCAGGUUGUUCAAAAACAGAGAUAUGUCAUUCUUGAUCUGCCAGCUGAUUCAAGACCUCUCUUGGUGUUCCUCAAUAAGAAGAGUGGGGCUCAGCAAGGAGACUCGCUUCGUGUGCGCUUGAAUAUGCUACUGAAUCCAGUUCAGGUUAUUGAGUUGGGCCCAAAUCAAGGACCUGAGGUUGGUUUGUACAUGUUCAGAAAGGUGCCUCACUUUAGAAUUCUUGUAUGUGGUGGAGAUGGAACUGUUGGUUGGGUUUUGGAUGCUAUAGAUAAACAGAAUUUUAUUUCUCCUCCCCCAGUUGCAAUUCUUCCAGCAGGGACAGGAAAUGAUCUUGCAAGAGUUCUUUCUUGGGGUGGUGGACUUGGCUCAAUUGAGAAGCAGGGAGGUCUCUGCAGCGUAUUGCAUGACAUAGAGCAUGCUGCAGUGGCCAUUCUUGACCGAUGGAAGAUAACAAUUUUGAAUCAGCAGGGGAAACAACUUCAACCCCCCAAAUAUAUGAACAAUUAUCUAGGGGUUGGUUGUGAUGCGAAAGUUGCUUUAGAUAUACAUAAUAUGAGGGAAGAAAAUCCUGAGAAGUUUUACAGCCAGUUUAUGAACAAAGUCCUUUAUGCUAAAGAAGGAGCUAAGAUUAUCAUGGACAGGAUAUUUGAAGAUUUCCCUUGGCAAGUUCGUGUAGAGGUAGAUGGUGUUGAGAUUGAAGUCCCUGAGGACGCAGAAGGUGUUCUUGUAGCAAACAUUGGAAGUUACAUGGGAGGUGUGGACUUGUGGCAUAAUGAGGAUGAAAACUUUGGAAAAUUUGAUCCUCAAUCAAUGCAUGAUAAGGUUUUGGAAGUUGUGAGCAUAUCAGGGACAUGGCAUUUGGGAAAGCUUCAGGUAGGGCUGUCCCGAGCGCAGAGGCUUGCACAAGGGCAAACCAUCAAGAUCCAGUUAUUUGCUGCAUUGCCUGUGCAGAUUGAUGGGGAGCCAUGGUUUCAGCAACCUUGUACAUUACAAAUCUCUCAUCAUGGCCAGGCGUUCAUGUUGAAGAGGGCAGGUGAAGAACCCCUUGGUCAUGCUGCUUCGAUACUUACAGAUGUAUUGGAAAAUGCCGAAUCCAGUCAUGUUAUCAAUGCUGCACAAAAGCGAGCUCUUUUACAAGAAAUGGCAUUACGUUUGUCCUCAUAGUCUUUCCAGUGACCGGUAAUUUGUAUUAUGAAAUUUUUGGUGUAUAGCUAGCUUAUUUUCUGUUGUAGAUUGUUGAUGUAAGGUUUGCUCUUCUCUCAAGAAUCCUUUCCUUGUGUUUUGAGGGGAAUUUUUGUUUUUCUUUUCCCUUGAUUGCUGAAUGCAUUAUCUGGUAUGUACAGUAUAUCUCUUUUUUUACACAAAAAUGGUUCUCAUUGUAGAUUCUUUGAAAGAGAUUAUGAACAAAGAAAUGUCACAGCUCCGUAGAAACUUUAUAUCCCAA